CGAGCGACACCAGCCGGGCAAGAUGCGGACCGCUGUAUUGCUUGCGGUCUUGCUGGGACUGGGCGCGGCUGCUAAGCUGGACGGUCUCACGCCACACCACGACCACGACCACGACCACGACCACGAUCAUCACCACGAGGACCACCACCACGGAGACCACGCCCACGCCCACGGCCACAUUGUGGACGACAACCAAGUACCCAUUUGGAACCCUAACAACAUCUACAAACCCAGCCACAGGGAUGCAGGGAACGCCAUCAGUGGCCCCCUUGAAGAGAGGUUCAACAUCCAGGCUGGCUCUAUCCAUCACCAGGAGUUCUCGGAGCCCAAGCCAAGCGACGUGGGGGCCGUCAGAGGAUCUUAUUCGUGGACUGCACCGAACGGGGAAACCUUCACGGUGGAGUACGUGGCGGAUAAAUAUGGUUUCCGGCCAUUUAUCCAUCGCAGUGGGUCGACUUCUGAAGUUUCUAAUACGGUGGGGCUCUCGGGACGCGUGCAAGCUUCCGCCAGUAAUACAAAGAAGGUCCUCAGCCACCGUGAAGACAUCGUCCGAUCGGGUGCCACAGGUGACGGUGGUACGGCGGCUGCCAGUGAGUGUAGAGGUAAUGUUGAUUGUUCUCAAUCACCAGCUCAGCAACACUCUGCUUCCAUUGGACUGUCACACUCAUCGAGCUCUUCUAAUCAACAUAAUUCCCGUGGUUCAGCUGGUUUGCAACAGUUUUCUGGUUCCCCUGAUUCAAGGCAUAAUGGUGGGGCUAGGUCACAACAGACUUCAGUUUCUGUAGCACAGCAGACCUCUGGGGCAUUUGGGUCUCUAAAACCUUCCGGCAUUGGGUCGCAACAGACGUUUGAUUCUGCAUCACAACGGACUUCUGACUUCGGAUCACAACAGACGUCAGGUGCAUUUGGUUCACAGCAGAUUGGUUUACAGCAGACCUCUGAUUUCCAACAGACUUCUCGCCCUGGGUCUCAACAGCCCUCUGGUUCCUUCGGUGCGCAACACAUUUCUGAGUCACAGCAGACUGACUCUCAAUCACAACAUAUUUCUGGCAUUGAAUCACAGCACAUUUCAGACUCAAAGUCACAACAUAUUGCGGGGUCAUCUGGUUUACAACACGCUUUUGAUUCUAAACAACAGCAGAUUUCGAGUUCCAUCGAUUCACAACAGACUUCUGGUUUACAUGAUACUUCUGGUUCCUUUAGUCUGCAACAUAGUUCUGGUUCACCUGGUUCACAACAGACUUUUGACCCACGACAGGCUGCCAGCUUUGGUGCCCUUGAUUCACAGCAGACUUCCGGUUCAUUAAGCACACAUCAGACUUUAGGUUCAGGUAAUUCAGAACACACCUCUGUGUCAUUUGGCUCCCAGCAAACAUUUGAAUCACAGCAGGCCACCGGCUCACUUAGCUCACAGCAUGACACUGGCUCUCAGCAGGACUCUGGGACAUUUGGUUCUGCAAUAGGUUCCAGUGGAUUGCAGAAACCUUCAGUCUCAUUUGAUUCAGGACAACUUUCUGACUCGAUUGGUUCACUACAGACUUCUGGUAUAUCUGGCUCAGCGCAAACUUCUGGGUCUGGUUCACAAAAGACCUCUGAUGCAUUUGGUUCACAACAAACAUCUGAUACAUUUGGUUCACAACAUACCUCUGGAUCAAGUGGUUCACAACAUACC